AUGGACGCCCCGGCUACCAAACCUCGGCUUGUGCCAUCGACACGAUUCGCGUUGUCACUGGUCAUGUUCUUCGGAUGUCUCUUCACUUAUAUGAUGCGGACGAACAUGUCGUUCGCAGUCGUCUGCAUGGUAUCGGAGAACAAAACAGACACUGGGGCAGAGAAGGUUUCUCGAUGUGGAAAAGAAAUGACACCAGUAGACGCGAACAGCUCCUCGGUGAUCGGAGAAUUCGACUGGGAUAAACAAACGACUGGAAUGGUAUUAUCUUCCUUCUUCUACGGUUACAUCGGAAGUCAGAUCAUCGGAGGACACUUGGCAUCUCGUUAUGGAGGAAAACGUGUCGUAUUCAUUACCGUUCUAGGAUCUGCUCUUCUCACUCUUUUCAAUCCAGUCGCCGCUAGAUCAUCGGAAUAUGCACUGGCUAUCUUGCGUGCAGCCAUUGGAUUUCUUCAAGGAGCCACGUUCCCAGCGAUGCAUACCAUGUGGUCUGUAUGGGGUCCACCACUGGAAUUAUCUGUGCUCACCGGAGUUACUUAUGCUGGCGCACAAAUCGGAAACGUCAUUGUUCUGCCACUUUCUGGAUUCCUCUGCCAGUACGGAUUUGAUGGUGGAUGGCCAUCCAUCUUCUACAUCAUCGGUGUCGCUGGAGUCCUCUGGUGUGGUGUUUGGUGGUACAUCAGUUCUGAUAAACCAGCCAAUCAUCCACGUAUCUCCCAAAAAGAGAAACAAUACAUCGUCACUGCAGUAGAAGCUUCAAUGGGAAAAGACACUGGAAAAGUUCCAUCAACGCCUUGGAUCAAGAUUCUCACAUCACCAGCUGUUUGGGCAUGCUGGAUUGGACAUUUCGCUGGAGACUGGGGUGCAUACACAAUGCUUGUCUCUCUUCCAUCCUUCCUUAAAGACGUUCUCGGUUUGAAUCUCUCUUCGCUAGGAGCUGUUGCCUCAAUCCCGUAUAUCGCAUAUUUCUUCGCUAUCAACGCUGGUGGAAUUCUUGCUGAUACCAUUCGUGCCAAAGGUCUUCUCUCCACAUUGAACACCAGAAGAGCGGCUAUGCUUGUGGCACUGAUCGGUCAAGGAUUGUUCCUCGUGGCGUCUGGAUACUGCGGAUGUGGACAGGAUGUUCUUGUUAUUAUUUUCAUCACUUGUGGUAUGGCUAUUUCUGGAUUCCAAUACGCUGGAUUCGUUGUCAACUACCUGGAAAUCGCCCCACCAUUCUCUGGAACUGUCAUGGGAACGGGAAACACAAUUUCGGCACUUGCGGGAAUUAUCUCACCAGCCGUCACUAGUUACCUCACACCAAACGGAACACAAGAAGAAUGGCAAGUGGUUCUGUGGCUGACUGCUGGAAUCUUAGCCACCGGAGCGAUUCUCUUCUCCAUUUUCGCUUCUGGAGACGUUCAACCAUGGGCUAAGCUCACUGCUGAAGAAGGGCACGAAAUGGCUCCACUGCGAGAGGGAGAGAAAAUCGAACUGGCAACUGCCUAA